CUUGUAUUCUAAACUUAUAAGAAUCUAACUCUAGUUGAACAACAUUCUUAAUAGAAGUCAGAAGUUUAACUGAAUUCAGUGUAUGAUAAAGUCACGUUCGCGGCGUUCUUAUUUGGCUUCAUUUAAAAUAAAGUAUUCUAAAAUCCUAACAUAUGUUGUCGGAAGAAAACAAAGAGUCUAAUAAAAUUAUUAUCUUAGUCUUACAUUGAAAGUUAACAAUAUGAGAAGUUUUGCAAUCAUCUCAAUCUUUGUCAUAUUAUGUAGCUACUCCAACAGUGUCAUAUUUGAAUGUGAAUUCACUCUUAUAAAUAUUAUGAACAUCAAGAAAACUUACAAAUGCACCUUGAAAAAUCUUGACAUAAGUCAUAAUAACGAGACAGUUCAUAACGUUACUGGUAUCCAUAAAGAUGAGAAAGAAAGCAAAGAUGUGAACAUUUUAAUAAUCGAGAAUCAAGUUUGUUAUUAUUUACCGAAUGACAUUAAUCUUCAUUUUCCUCAACUGUAUCAUUUAGAUAUUAAAAACAGUGGACUCAAGAGCAUAACAAAAACUGAAAUGAAAAUGUUUCCAAAACUCAAAUACCUUUACAUUCGAAAUAAUCCAAUUGAAAUUAUUCCAGAAAAUGUUUUCGAAUUUAAUCCUUUGCUUGAAUUCAUAAGCUUGGAUGAUAACCGAAUUAGGUCUAUAGGAACAAAUGUGUUUGGCUCUUUAAAUAAUUUGAUAAGUUUGAGUGUUGAACAUAAUAUUUGCAUCGAUAAUUUUGCAAUGGAAGAAGAGCCAUUGAAAAAUUUAAUUCAAGAAAUUAAUGUUAAAUGUAAAUUUUAUUCGAUGCAAUAAAAUAAAAUUAAUUUGGUAUUUGUCUCACCAAUUACGUUUUUAUCGUUUAAUAAUAAAUUAAAAUAAAAUAUUUUCCCACAGGAAAUAUCCAAUAUUUGUUCACAUCCGUUCAAUAAUCGUGAUGAUUAUCGACUAUGUAAAUGUUUAAACACGAUUAUCAAAUUUUGAUUUAAUUGUCAAAGUGUGCAUUUAUUGUGAAUUGAA